AGUUUUGCUUAAUAGCAAAGACUUGCUAGGGUUCGCGGAUAGCCGACUGCUAAUCCGAAGCUGUCGGUUGCUAUCGGUGGUAGGACCGCAUGAACGUGCCGGAUUUCCAACUGACGUGGGCAUCUAAUAUCAUAUCAACUUCUUACACCUUGGACGGCGUACUAAAGUACCAAUGAUGCGAGUGAACCGGCGCCAAGUCCUUGCGAACCUGGAACCCUUCUGCGGCCAUGCCAAAAAUAUCUGCCCGUCUGCCCGAGGUCCAAUGAUUUAUAUAGGAUCCUACUUGCCUUGGCUAAACGUUCGAGUUCUUCCCUCCCACAAUGUCACUUUCUGUAUCAGACCUCACAGCAGUCGCAGACAAUCUUUUCUCCGACAUCGCCAAUAACUCCCCAUCUAUACGCCUCUUGGCACAUUUUUCCCAGCACCAUACGGUCACUAUACAGCAUUCGUUCGCAGAUUGUAAAACCCCCGAUGCCUAUCGAUUCACGGGGCUGAAUGCCGUUCGAUCGUACUUUGACCUGCUGGCGACCCAUUACGAGCGCUCUGCGAUGGAAAAGCACUCCAUGAGGAUCUCGGCGCAUGCUAAGCGCGUUAUUCUCCUCGGGAGCGUGCAUUGGACGUGGAGGUCCAGUCGGAAGGGAUGGAGGGAGGACUUCGAGUGCACCAUAGACUUUGACGAUAAUCUCAAGGUGAUAUCCUUCGUUAUGCUCACGACCUCGAGCCCCUCGACGUGUGUUAUGCGGGCCGUGGAUCCCGGCCCACCAGAUAUCAGUUCUUCCCGAAGGAAGAAAAGGUUCGAUAUCUGGAUGUGACUUGUCCAGGGUCGUGUCUGGUUCCCUUCCCCGCUGUCGGUAUUGGAUAUGCCUUCGUCAUUCCUUUCGUUUAUCCCCCAUGCCGUCCUAGUGUCCCCGCCUUCGUACUCGUUCUCACUAUGUUGCCGCCUGCAACGAACAUCGCUUUCCAGUUCCAACAAUA